AUGUCGGAAUACUGGAAAUCUACGCCAAAGUACUGGUGCAAGCACUGUGCGUGCUACGUGCGCGACACCAAACUCGAGAAGGCAAACCACGAAGCUACGGCAAAGCAUCAAGGCGCCUUGAAGCGCUCGCUACGAGAUCUACACCGCAACCACGAAAGGGAAGAGCGCGAAAAGGAAAGGGCACGGCUGGAGAUUGCCAGGCUCAAUGGCGUUGUCGGCGGAUCGUCUUCUGCUGGUCCUUCGGGAGCUGCAAACAAGGCUUCAGGGCCGUCAGAGUCUCAGCUGAAAUCCCAGCGAGAGCAGCUGGCGGCAUUGGGGGUUGCAAUCCCAACCGAUUUCAGGCCCGAGAUGGCGAUUCCCGGCGAGUGGACGGUGACCAAAACGACUGUGAUUGAAGAGAAAAGCGAGGCGGAUGCUGAGACAAAGACUGAGGCCAAGGCAACUGGUGUCAGGAAACGCGAGGAGACGGAAGAGCAAAAGGAAGAGGAGGAAGCUAUGCGAGGGCUUUUCAAGAAGCCAAGAAGAUGGGGUCGCGACUCCAAGACCAUGCCAGACGACGAAGACGGAGACUUAGAUGCGCUGCUGAGUACAACGAUGCCACGAAAGACAGAGGCAGCCGAGAAUAAGAGCGCAGUGAAGAAGGAAGAGGAUGUCGAAGAUGGCAAAUCUUCCAAGGCAAGAAUAUCCAAAGAGGAAGAUGUUGCGAUCAAAGCAGAUCCCGACACUUCAGAGCCGUCCAUCAAACGAGAGCCGGUGGUCAAGGCCGAGGAGACGGAGGAGUCGAGUGGCAUAACUCCGGUGGUCUUCAAGAAGCGCAAACCAAAGGGGAUCCGAAGCAAGUGA